AUGGGGGGUCCUCCCCCACUGUUGUUGAAUGCCGGCUGUGGUGCCGGGUCAAAAGUCAUCGUAAGUUUCCCAGCUCAGGCCAGAUUAGAGGACAUCGAAGCUCUGUUCUCGAGCUGCGGUCAAGUGCUGGUCGUGGAGAAGUUGUCCUCGCGCGAUCCUAACACACAAACCGUCCUCAUCACCUAUGACACGCAAGAACAAGCACAGCAGGCUGUGAACCAGUUUAAUGGCCACGACUACGAGGGUACCCCGCUAAAAGUGGAAAUGUCUACGGUGGAGAACCGACGAAGAGGCCGCAGCCAGCGCAGCGGCGUCGCUUAUUCCGCGGGUGCGAGUUGCGUACGGCAGGCAGACUUCCCGCUUCGUAUUCUUGUACAAUCGGAGAUGGUAGGAGCCAUAAUCGGUCGUCAGGGCUCUACCAUACGUCAGAUUACUCAGAUGACGCGCGCGCGGGUCGAUGUUCACCGAAAGGACAGCGUUGGCGCUGCUGAGAAAGCCAUCACUAUCUAUGGUAAUCCGGAGAACUGCACGAAUGCCUGCAAGAAGAUCAUGGACGUCACGCAGCAGGAGUCUCACGGUUUAAGUAAAGGCGACAUCUCAUUGAGGAUUCUUGCACACAACAAUUUGAUUGGCCGAAUCAUCGGGAAAGGCGGCACCACCAUCAAGAAAAUUAUGCAAGAUACAGACACGAAGAUCACCGUAAGCAGUAUCAACGAUAUCAACAACUUCAAUCUCGAGCGUAUCAUUACGGUUAAAGGCACCAUCGAUAACAUGAGCAAAGCAGAAUCUAUGAUCUCCAGCAAAUUACGCCAAAGCUAUGAAAACGACUUGCAGGCGAUGGCUCCUCAAAGCUUGAUGUUCCCUGGCUUGCAUCCAAUGGCUAUGAUGUCCACUGCUGGUAUGGGAUACAGCGCACGUGGUCCCGGUUUGUAUGGCUCCGGACCUGCCCCAUAUCCCUAUCAAACUAGCUUGCCGACUCAACAGGGUAUUCCACACGGCGACAUACAAGAAACAGCGUUCCUUUACAUUCCGAAUACCAGCGUAGGUGCCAUUAUAGGAAGCAAGGGUUCCCACAUCAGAAACAUUAUCAGAUUCUCAAGUGCCAAUAUUAAAAUCGCGCCAAUCGAACAGGACAAACCAGUAGAACAGCAGAAUGACAGGAAAGUGACUAUCGUAGGGUCACCAGAAUCACAGUGGAAGGCUCAAUACUUAAUCUUCGACAAAAUGCGCGAGGAAGGAUUCGUGGCUGGCACAGAGGACGUACGAUUAACAGUCGAGAUUCUCGUGCCGAGCACUCAAGUUGGCCGAAUCAUUGGCAAAGGUGGGCAGAACGUUAGAGAAUUACAACGUGUAACUGGAAGUAUCAUAAAGCUCUCGGAGCAACAAUCUACAUCUCCUUCUGCCGACGAAGAAGCCACCGUCCAAAUAAUUGGUCCCUUCUUCUCUGUUCAGUCGGCACAGAGAAGAAUUCGCGCCAUGGUUCUUCAAUCGUCUGGUGCACCUGGAGCAGGUGUUGCUGGCUCACGCGCUGGUCGUGGUAGCAGCCAAGAAGGUGGUUCUCGUUCUCGAAGAGACGGCAGUGCUACGUCUCAACAGGGUGGUACAGCGACGCAACAAUCGAGCACUUCGCCCUCCAGCCAGCAGCAACCACAAAAUCAGUAACGUCACUGAAACUUACCUGACGCCGACCAACGCCUCACAGAAUCCGUUUUAAUCGCCGGGGUGGCCUCGUCGCUUUGACAUUCUCUCGUCAAGAGGCUACGUGCGACCUCCUUCUCGCGGGCUAUGUAUCCUUCGGUGUGCGCCAUAUGGGAGGGCACAUCGCGAAAGCUAUCAGUACAAAAAUAUGUCACACGCAAUAGGAUCCGAUAAUUUUCAAAAUCCACGCAUAUAGAUUUGAUUCCGAAUGGUAAGAGGGGAUACGA